CUUUUAUAAACCGGGACAACAGAGACAGAAGUCCCACACUGCAUCAGUUUGUUUCUCGUGCACUUCCACGCUAUGAGAGCACGCUUUACAUCUUCUAAACUAUAGCAUAUAUCAUUGCAUAUCCAUUUCAAGUCCAGCUCCCUGUUUCUUUUUCAGUUUCUCCAGGACUGUCCCACCAUGCGUCUCCAGUUUGUCCUUUGCGUAAUGGCCCUGCUCGUCUGCCCGUUUCUGAGCGCCGGGUCGCGGAUAGCCAAACGCUUCGCCAUCGGCUGCUCGGAGAAGUGCGACAAGUCCCAGUGCCCGCCGAUCCCCGCUGACUGCUUGGCCGGAGACGUGCUGGAUCGCUGCGACUGCUGCCCGGUGUGCGCGUCCGGGGAGGGUGAGCAGUGCGGUGGCACUGCAGACCGCGAGUGCGCCGAGGGGAUGGAGUGUGUGGUGACCGACGGCGUGGAGGUGUCCGUCACCGUCAGGCGGAGGGGCAAGGCCGGUGUGUGCGAGUGCUCCAGCCCCGAGCCGGUGUGCGGCAGUGACGGGGUCUCCUACCGGAACAUCUGCGAGCUGAAGCUUGUCAGCAACCGGGCGAUGAAGCUGCAGCAGCCGCCGGUGAUUUUCAUCCAGAGAGGAUCCUGCGGGAAAGGUCAGCAGAACCCUGACAGUCUUCGUCACAAGUACAACUUCAUCGCUGACGUGGUGGAGAAGAUUGCACCUGCUGUCGUUCAUAUCGAACUGUACCGCAAGAUGAUAUUUUCCAAGCGGGAGGUGGCGGUAGCCAGCGGCUCUGGCUUUGUUGUGUCAGAGGACGGACUCAUCGUCACCAACGCCCACGUGGUGGCUAACAAGCACCGAGUCAAGGUGGAGCUGAAGAGCGGUGCCACAUUCGACGCCAAGAUCAAAGAUGUUGAUGAGAAGGCCGACAUCGCCCUGAUCAAGAUCGAUGCACCGAUGAAGCUGCCGGUGCUGCUGCUCGGCCGGUCGGCGGACCUGCGUCCCGGCGAGUUUGUGGUCGCCAUAGGCAGCCCCUUCUCCCUGCAGAACACCGUCACCACCGGCAUCGUCAGCACCACCCAGAGGGGGGGCAAGGAGCUGGGCCUACGCAACUCUGACAUGGACUACAUCCAGACCGAUGCCAUCAUCAACUACGGCAACUCAGGAGGACCACUAGUCAAUCUGGAUGGAGAGGUGAUUGGCAUCAACACUCUGAAAGUCACAGCAGGAAUCUCCUUCGCCAUCCCCUCAGACAAGAUCAGACAGUUCCUGGCCGAGUCACAUGACAGACAGGCCAAAGGUAAAACAUUCCAGAAGAAGAAAUACAUCGGCGUCAGGAUGAUGAGUCUCACUCAAACGCUGGCUAAGGAGCUUAAGGAGAGGCAGCCAGACUUCCCAGAUGUCACCUCUGGGGCGUACGUCAUUGAGGUCAUAAGCCGGACUCCAGCUGAGGCUGCUGGCCUGCAGGAAAGAGAUGUCAUCAUCAGCAUCAACGGCGAGCAGAUCACCACGGCCAGCGACGUGAGCGCAGCCAUAAAACGGGACGAGACGCUGCGAACGGUGGUGAGGCGAGGCAACGAGGACGUCCUCCUCACCAUCGUCCCCGAGGAGAUCGAGCCUUGACCUCUCGACGGAAACGAGCAAAACAAACCCAACCAGUCAACCAAUCCCGAGCUGGCUCUCAGUGUUUUUCAACCAAAUAUGAACACUUUGAAAAACCAAGCAACCAACAGGUGUAUGUGUGUGUGUCCGGGGGCCACACCUACUGGGUUUAAGAACUUGUAAUUAUUAGCACUACUACUCUUCCAUGCUGUUACGCUCGCACACGCCUUCAAAGGUCCGACCCUUCAACUUCUCAUGUUAGUUUUUCUUCUAAUCCCGAUUUACAUCAUCACAGACCGUUUAUAUUCUACUAACGCCAUCUGUCGCUACAAAGAGGUUACUGCAGGUUCUCGUAAUUCUGUUUUGUUGUGUAUGUUCUUGACAGAAUAUAUUUUUAAUAGUUUGUUUCUGUUUCUAUGUGUUUGAUGACAUUUUUUCAAAAAAGGGAAUAAACUUAUUUUACAAAAGUGUUUUCUUUA